AUGAAAUUUUCGCUUUCAUUCAUUCUUUUUUUCUUGAUGAUUACAACAUCAAUGACAUUACGUGGUGCGCUGUUUCGUUCACGUAAAGCUGCACUGGAAAGCAUCAUUCGAGCUAACACAGGCAGACAAGAUUUUCUACGAUUUGGCAGAACUAAUGAAAAGUACAACGAUCGACAUCUGAUAGCAUCUGCAUUGCUUACUCCAGUCGACUUGAAAUAA